UGCCAUCAGUUACAAAGGCAAACAGCCACGUAGCAGUAACGGUACAAAUAUGGACGAACUACAACAACUCCAGAUGAUUCUCCAUUGAAUUUCUCUCUCUCUCCCUCUUUACGUUUCACAAAGAUUUCUCUAUGUUAUUUCAUGAUCUCUCUUUCUCUCUCGCUCUGAUCAAGGCCCAAUUUGGGGUGAAGAAGAUUAUUAUGCCUAUGUUCCCUUCACCCAGAGAGUGAGUCUAAGCCUCAGUUAAAUCAACAGUGUGAAUAAGCAGGAAUUAUCCAGUUAUUUGAUUUGAUAAAAUGGGGCAAAGGAAUAUGCUGUGCCCUAGUCAGAUGAUUGACUUGGAGCUGGAUGAAGAAGCCCAGUCCCAUGUCCGUCUCGAGCCUUGUGUUCUUUUCGGGAGCAUAGGAAAUUGUCCACAGCCUAAUGUCCACUCGAUAUUACCAGCUGCUGGGAACCCAACUCAUUUUGAUAUCCAUCAUCUACCAGACAGCCAUGAAAAUGCUUUGUUUUAUGGGAUGGCACAGUACAAUGGUUUUCAGCAUCAUCAUGCAUCUAAUUACUAUAAUCCAUAUAUGACUCCAUCUGGUGCCGGAAUUUUCCCCCUCUCAAUAAAUCAAGGGUCUCAUGAUCUAUCACCAUCCUCUAGCAAUGGUGGAAUUAUUGGAGUCCCUAUAGAUGACUAUAGAAUGAGCAAUCACUUCAUGGUUGGUGUUGGAGUUCCAUCUAAGAUGAAAAAUGCUGAAGGGAUGCCGGGAAGUUUCCAGUAUUGUAAUGCUUUAGCGGGCCCUAGUUCUGCAAUCACCCUUCUAAAUAGAAGGCCUGUUGAACCUGUGGCUAGUCCUAUGGAAGUUGGAUCUCAUCAAAGUGUAUCAGGCGCUAUUGGACCGGACUUUGUGUUGGCACAUAACCGUAACCAUUUGAUUCAAACGACUUAUGUUGGGCCGGCCUUUCAGACUGCCAGUUCUCCCUGGUUGGACCAUCAGUUCCACACUAAUGGUGGUGAUGGAGGCACUCUGACUUGGAGUCAGGCACCUGCUAUAACCUACUUGCACGGGAGUAGUGUUAGUGGUGGACGCACAGAGCCAGGAACCAUGGGUGCAUAUCAAGAGACAGCUAGCAAUAGAAGUUCAACAACUAUCAUGCAUCUUCCUCCCUUCCACCAAGGGCACCACAAUCUUCAUCAUCCACCACAUCCUAUGCAAGGAUUGAGAGGCCAGAAUAUCAAUUUCCAUUCCCAAGUAGCAACAUCUUCUCAUAGACUUUCAACAAGUAGCACUUCACACACCCGUAUGAAUCCUUUCCAGGAUGUUGUGGAGGUGGGGCCUAGAUAUGUGGGGCCUGUUCCACCAACUAGCCCUAGGAUAUACCAGCCCCAUCAAAGGGUACUCAUACCUGAGGCAACCAUGAGGCACCGUAACCUUCCUCACUUGAGAAUUCUGCCAGCAGAUGAAGUCGCCACGCUAGAGAUUUCUGGCUAUUAUGAAGUAGGGAAUUCCAUUGAUCGCCACCGAGAUUUGCGCUUGGAUAUCGAUCAUAUGUCAUAUGAGGAGCUUCUUGCAUUGGGAGAACAGAUUGGCAAUGUUACGACCGGGUUGUCAGAGGAGACCAUCACAAGUCAUCUGAAAACCAGAACAUAUAUUUCAUCUACUCUUUGUAUGAAUCCGGAAGAAGCGGCUUGUGCUGAUCAGGAUACUGAUUUCUGUGUCAUAUGUCAGACGGAUUAUAAGAACCAAGAAAAGAUUGGAGCUCUCGAUUGUGGACAUGAGUACCAUGUAGAUUGUGUAAAAAAGUGGUUGCUCAUCAAGAACACCUGCCCCAUCUGCAAAUCCGUAGCAUUAACCGCAGAAAGAAAGGGUUUCUACAGAGAGGGUUGAUGAAUUCUGCUCCUAAUCUACUUGUUUUAGUAGAACUGUUAUUAUGCUAUAUAAUGUUUAUUUAUACAUACAUAGAGUCAACCCUUUCCAAAACAUUUAUUUGUUGGCCUCAUGUUCAUCAAACUUGUACAGACUUUUUCAUUUGGUGUUUGAUCAUCAUCCAUCAUGUAUUUUGAAAGCUUUAUGUAUAUAUGUUUAAUUUGAAAAUUGAUUAUUUUGUUUAUUA